UGCUCCCUCGUAUUGCAGUCGCAUUUUAUUAAACUUUCAGCAUGUUUUCAAGAGUAAGGAAGAGGUUAAUUAAUAUGAUAUUAAUUGAUAAUACUGCAUCAAAGUACAUUUUAUCACUGAGAAAGUAUUCAUCGCAAAAUAAUCCAGGCUCAGUAAGCUACACGAAAAGAACGUGCACAUGUGGGUCAUUGAGACUGUCAAAUGUUGGUCAAGAUGUGAAGCUCUGUGGCUGGUUACAGUAUCGAAGAUUCAACAACAUUCUUGUUCUAAGAGACUGGAAUGGCAUUACUCAGGUGGUUGUACCUGAUGACAAGAAAGAGAUUAUGGAGAAACUGCAGACUCUAAAUUAUGAGACUGUGCUUGAAAUAAAAGGCACAGUGAUCCAAAGACCAGAAGGACAAGUCAACCCAGACAUGUCCACUGGAGAAAUUGAGGUGGAGCUGAAUGAUUUUUCCAUUCUCAACACAUCAAUGGCUGACCCUCCAAUUGUGGUCAGGGACAACCUGCAUGUUACUGAGAAACAGAGACUGGAGUAUCGCUACCUUGACCUGCGGAGGCAGCAGAUGCAGAAAAUAUUACGUCUCCGAUCAAAAAUGAUCAUGAAAAUGAGAGAAUUUCUGGCGAACCAACAUGAUUUUGUGGAUGUGGAAACUCCAACAUUAUUUAGAAGAACACCUGGGGGAGCCAAGGAGUUUGUCGUGCCCAGUCGACAGAAGGGAAUGUUUUAUAGUCUGCCCCAGAGCCCACAACAGUUCAAGCAAUUACUGAUGGUCGGUGGUUUAGAUCGCUACUUCCAGGUUGCCCGUUGCUAUAGAGAUGAGGGAACGAAGCCAGAAAGACAGCCAGAGUUUACACAGUUGGACAUUGAGAUGUCGUUUGUCGACCGAGAGGGUGUCAUUAAAUUGAUUGAGGACCUGCUGGUGUACAGCUGGCCUGAAGAUUCUCCCCCUGUAGGGAUCCCCUUCCCCCGCCUCACAUAUCAGCAGGCCAUGAGACUGUACGGGAUAGACAAACCAGAUACACGCUUUGGCUGGCAGAUCGAGGAUGUAACAGACGCCAUAAAAAACUGUGGUAAUGAAGUGCUAUUAUCGCGGCUACAGAACACUGAUUCUUGUGCCACAUUAAUUCGGAUCAAAGGUUUUAAGGAAAACAUAUCAAAAAGCACCAUAACAAAGCAAAGGAAGAAAGCUUGUACAAUGCUGAAUGAUACAAAGACAUUAGUAUAUGUUAUACGCGACGAAAACAGAGAGGGUGAAAAGGGGGGUGGAAAUUCUCUCCUCGUAAAGAUGUUGAACAUAGCUGAGGAUGAAACUGUCGUGAUGGCUGUUGGUUCCAACAUGGCUCCUUAUGAAGCCUUAGGAAGAAUGCGGCUUUUAAUUGCAGAUCACCUAGAAAGUAAAGGUUUCCAAGUGAGACCUAAGGAUGCCUUCAACUUUCUCUGGGUGGUCGAUUUUCCUCUGUUUCUACCGAAAGAGGAUGGGACAGCUGGUCUGGAAGCAGCUCACCAUCCAUUCACGGAUGCCAGGCCCCAGGACAGGGAGCUUCUCUUUACAGAGCCCCACAAGGUGAUAGGCCAGCACUACGACCUUGUUCUUAACGGAAGUGAAAUAGGGGGCGGUUCUAUACGGAUAUGUGACCCCGCCAUCCAGAGAUAUGUCAUAGAAAACAUACUUAAGGAAGAUAGUAGCGAGUUAGAGCAUUUACUGUUUGCCCUUGGCACUGGCUGUCCUCCCCAUGGUGGAAUUGCACUAGGACUGGAUCGGUUGUUCGCAAUUUUAUGCGGGACCCCAAGUAUCCGUGACGUCAUAGCGUUCCCAAAAUCGAGCGCUGGAAAUGACCUCAUGUCAGGGUCUCCUGCCCCAGUUAAACAGGCAGAGCUAGACUUUUACCACAUACAAAUUAAAAAAGAAUAAAAGAAGACCACUUAAAAAAGAGUAAUUUAAGUAUUUUGUUUUUUAUUUUUUAUGAUAUAAUAAAAUGAAGAAAACCAUA